AUGAAAUUAUCUCUUAAAAAUAUUGCCUUACUGUUAUUGCUAUCGAUCAGAAUUCACUCUUUACUGAUACCAGAUGACGAUGAAAUACAUUUAGAAAAGAGAAGAGGCGGUUUUGGUGGUGGUGGCCAUGUUAGUAGCGGUGGUUCGAGAGGUUCAAGUGGAAGUUCCAGUAGUAGUUCCAGCACUAAAGGCGGUUCCGAUACUGGAUCCGUCGUGUCUAGUGGUGAUACGCUAGUUGGUUCGAACUCCGGUUCCAGUGGUUCUAACUCUGGUACCUCACCAAAGGCAGGAUCUAAUCUUGGCAGUACUAGUGGUAAUUCAAACUCAAAUAGUGGGUCCAGUGGGUCCAAUAUUGCUGGUGGUGCAAUAGCUGGUGGUCUAGCAGGUGGUGCAAUAGCAGGUGGUUCUCAUCCAGGACGUAUUCAAAGUGGUAGUGGUAACUCCACCUCAUCAUCUACUGCUGCUGCUUCAUCUUCAUCUGCAGCUUCAAAGAAACAUCACAAUGCUGCCAACAUAAAUUAUGGUUCAAUGCUGAAUAUCAUUGGUGUGAACGGUGCUGUAGUGUCUUCUGCUAUGAUCUCUGCAUUUUUAUUGUUAUAA